CCGUGUGAGUGCUUCUUCCACCUCUCCACGACGGCGGCACGACCUCGAUUGAUCGAUCCAUCCCCCCACUACAACCAGCGAUGGCUAUGGCCGACUGCAUCUACGUGCGCGAGCAGCAGCAGCUGGACGACGCCGUCGUCCACCGCCUUCUGCCGCAGGAGAUAUUGGUGGAAAUCGGCAUCGCCGAUCACGCCGCUGCCGCCGCCCGCGCCCGCCGCCAGCGGAGUAGCCACGCCGUCGUCGAGGAGCUCGCCGCGCGCCUCGUCGGCAUCCUCGGCCUCACGUCCACCGUCGGCGGCAGCGUCGGAGAACGACCUCCUGCUCCUCCUCCGGCCAGCGCCGCUCCGCCGUACAGCAGCCACCACCACCACCCACACGUGCGCGGGCAGCAGCAUCUCUCCGGCGACGGCGCAGGACUAAUGGCGCCGUCCCUGCACCACGCGCGGGGAUUCGGGACGAGACAGACGCUGCCGCCGCCGUUCGCCGGCACCGGCGUGUUCUUGCCGCGUGCCGAGGUGUACCUGACCAGAUCAGCCUCCUCCAAUCCUCCCAGGAUUAAUGGUGCGAAACCGCCGCGUAUGCUGAGGAAGGAGGCAGCGGUUAGAAAUUGGAUCAAUUAGCAACCGUCAUUAGCAGUUGCUAGGGAUGAAUAGAGAGACUCUGGUUAGAAACACACACACAUAUAUAUAUACCCGUGCUCAUGUCCUAUAUCAUCGUAGUAUAAUAAAUAUAUGUAAUCAUUCAUUGUAUUCAAAUAUCAAUCAGUAUAAAUAAUUCAA